AUGUCAAAAACUCAAAACAUUACGAUAAGUAAUCAAUCAAGUAAGAUAUUUAUCUACAAUGCAUCAUCACCUGAACCGAUCAAAGAUAAUGAGAAGAAGAAUAAUAAGAUGAACGAGACAUCAUCAUUAAUUACAAUACAGUUUUCAACGCCAGAAUAUCAUAUAAGAAUUAACAACAAUUUUAAGGAGAAGCUGACAAAUUCUGACGAUAAAGACAUGAAGUGUAGUGAUGUAGAGGAGCAUUUAGAUCAAUCAAAUGAUUCUAUAAAGUCAGGAAAUUUCGAAGUGGACGAGGAUGUCUUAAUGGAAGGAACUGACGGCAAAUUCUAUCUCGGAACUAUAAUUAAUUCAAAAUCUGAGGAGUAUUUGAUACGUUUUGAUGAUAAUACCGAGAAAUGGUCAAAUUCCUGUAAGUUAAAGAAGCUCACUGCCUCUCCAACGAAAAAUGGAGAAGACUCAUCGUUAUGUGUUAUAUGUAAAAUAUCUAAAGAAUUUGAUGUUGUUGAAAUAUGCAGUCAGUGUAGUCGUGGAUAUCAUCGAAACUGUUUUAAGGAACAAAGUAUCCAUCCAUCUCGUUGGAAUUGCUCUAAAUGUAGUGUUGAUGUUAUAAGUAUUAGCGAUUCUGAGGAACUGGAAUCGGAAUUUGCGGCUGAAUUGACGACAGAGGAAUUCAAUCAAAAACCUACAGUAAAACUCCCAUAUGAUUUAAAGUCACUGAAAUGGGAUUCAGCACAUCGUUUAAACAAAGAAAAUAUAUACUGUUAUUGUGGCCUUACUGGAUCUUGGAAAGAUAAAAUGCUUCAAUGUUGCCGUUGCCGACAAUGGUUUCAUGGAAAUUGUGUUAAAAUUUGGGAUGGAUAUUUAUUACACGGUGACACAUUUUUUAUAUUCUGUUGCUCAGUAUGCAAUGAUGGAAACGAGUUUAUUCGACGCUUACAAAUUACUUGGAGAGAUAUUAUUCACUUAAUAUUCUAUGAAUUGACAAUCGUGCGCUCCCAAAAAUACCAUAGUAUUUCGAAGGAUAUCGUUCCUUUUAUUUUGCAGAAUGCAGACAACUUAUAUUUACCUCCAGAGGUUUCAAAAUUCCUAACAAAAGAAUCAUUAGAGAAGAAAAUUUUACAAACUGUUAGAAAGAUAGAUAUUUUUAAAUGUAUUAAUGCCAACAAGAAAAAAGCUUGUUUAUUUGGCUUGAGAAAGAAAAUGCCACCACUUUAUAAUCACCUACACAAAGUCAUCAUUCCAUCAUCUGAUCCUUUUUCGGAUGAUCUCGUCAAGAAGCUCAAAAUAAAGUAUGUCGAAUCUUUACAAAUUAAUGGAAAAUCAAAUAAACUAGAUAUGAAGCAUCCAAAUAUUAUCACGUCGUCGAUGACGACAACAACAACAACAACGGUUAUUGAUGCAGAAAUGUGCGACUCUUCAGAUGAGACAUCAAGCAAGAGUACAUUGGAUUUGAUAAUUCCUCCGCCAAUUAAUUUUAAAGGCUUUAAUAAUCCAUUUCAUAUUAAUUAUAAAUCUGAUAUGAAAUUAAAAGUAAAUGAUAAAUUGAAUGGCUUAAAACGAAAUCAAGUUUCGAACAAAUUUUCUGAAGUCAGAAUUGUUCGAACGAUUAAAAGACGUUUGAGUGCAAAGGAUCUUCUUGUUGGACCGAAUCAAGAAGUUAAGAGACGUAAAAUGUCAAAACGUAGAAAGUCAGCGGAUGUUGAAGUCAUAAGUGAAAUAAUUCAACCAAUUACCUUUCCAUUACCUCCUCAUUUCUCAUAUCGUUCAGAAAAUAAUACAAAUUUCAUUCGAUCGUCAAAUAAUGUUGUUCCUGUAACCAAAAAUGAAAGUCAAAAGAAGCCCCAAGUAGCUAAUAAUAAAAAGGAUGAAAAUAUUAAAAAUAUAUCGUCCGCAUCAUCGCCGUCUGUAAACAUUAAUCUUAAUGAUACAGUCUUAAACUCGCCAGUUAAGAAUAAUUCUAUUAAUCUGUACUUCGGUGCUAUGCAUCGAAUCGAGAAUGGUGAAAAGUUUAGUAUUGUCGCUAAAAGAGUCACUUUCGAUGGAAACGAACAAUAUCUCUUAGAAUGGGAUGGAAAAAAUGAAUCUGUAGUUUAA